AUGCCGCUCUCGAGUAGGCGUCGCACGCGCCGCAAGGACAUUCAUCUCCAAGAAACAUCCGACGCGGAGGCUCCGGAUUCCUCUCCCAGCCGCCCAGCCAGCAAGAAGCGCAAGGUUGAGGCAAGACCGUCAUCGCGACAUAUGCAAACACCAGAACCCGCCUCUGCCGAUGACGCCGAUCGAUCUUCCCCAGAAAACGACUUAUCGGCAAACCAGGACCUGGUCGAGACUGUAAUUGCAUCGUUGAAUGUGUCGAGAGAUGAAGUGAAUGUGUUGCGCGACUAUUCCAAUACCGAGUCUGAGAAUAAGCAAUCUAUCCAGGCAUAUGCGAAAAUCGCCGGUCGUGACUGGACGUAUUAUGUUAAGACGGCGCAUGUCAAUAUUGGACGUCCUCCAGAUCGCGAUCAGAAACUCGACGAGCAGUCGAGUCCCGUUGCUAUUGCCGCUCGUGCCCUGCCAGAGGUUCAUGUCGACCUGGGUCCUAGCAAAUUUGUGUCUCGACUACAUGCCGAGAUUUUUUUCUAUGGUGAAGAUGAAGAGUCUUCUGCUUGGCGGAUUCGAGUCAACGGGCGGAAUGGUGUACGACUCAACAAUAUCAUGCUGAAACGAGGAUCAGACGCUGUCUUGAAAUGUGGCGACAUUAUCGAGAUUGCCAAUACUCAAAUGAUGUUUGUCACUCCCGGCGAUAAGGCAAUGAUCCAUCCAGCCUUCGUGGAACGCGCUCAACGGAUUGCCGCCGGCGAGGAAGUUUUAUGGGAUGGCUCGCAACAUGCACAUCCUACUACAUAUGAUGCACAGCAACCCGGCCGGGCUGUCGAUACCGGUGUUUACGCUGCUGCUGCUACUACUACUACUACUACCACUGUACAGCCAGGUAAACCAUCGCUGGCUCCUGCUCCUCAGUUCCUUAAGCGACAGGUCACCCCGCCUCCACGGUCUCCAGAUACCGUUGGGGGUCAGACGGCCACCAAGCAAUCGCCCUUGUACAAUCGUGGUAUGAUGAUGGAAAGUACAGAAGAGAUCGACUACAGUCAGGAUGCCGCCAAAGAUUUGAAGCCUCCAUAUAGCUAUGCGACUAUGAUUGCGCAGGCUAUUUUCUCGAGUGAGGAGGAGAAGCUUACACUGAACAGCAUUUACCAAUGGAUUAUGGAAAAGUAUGCGUUCUAUCGUCAUUCUCAAAGCGGUUGGCAGAACUCUAUUCGACACAAUCUGUCUCUUAACAAAGCCUUCCAAAAGGUACCGCGUCGGACGGAUGAACCCGGUAAGGGUAUGAAAUGGAUGAUUGCGCCGGAGCACAGACAGGAGUAUUGGAAGAAGCAGUUGCGGAAAGGCAACAAUUCAUCUGCACCUUCGUCGCCAGCUACAAAAGAGCCUCCAUCGUCCCGCGGCACUAACGGACAUGCUGGCUCAAGCUACGAGGGCAUCUUUUCUGCGACAAAGACCUCUCCUCAAACCACUUCGCCUGGAUUCAGCUCAUUCUCAGUGGCACCAGUUGAAGCCUACACGCCAGAAAGAGGGUCACGGCUGGGACAAAGGGGGACUGAUCGUGUAAGGAAUGGUCCGCAUACCGACUUUGAUGAGCAGUCUCCUCUUCCUAGUCGAAUUCGGAAUAACCAGCACGAAAACGGCAAUAACAGUCAAAGCAAUAGCGCCAGUAAUGCCAACGACGGAUCGACGACUCGUGCAUAUGGACUAUCAGGCAAUGCUACGGGGUCGCCUCCAGUGCUUUCCUCUUCCUAUUAUGACGAAGCACCUUCAUCGAUGAUCACGCCAGCUCCUCAACGACAUCAACCACGGUUGCCGCCACCAAGUACAGCUCAGAUUCCAUCCAAGUUCAUGCCUAUGAGUUCGCCAGCACAAUUCUGGAAAUUCGCCGAUAUUGGAAGUACACCUGCUCGUCUGGUGCCGGAUAUGAGUCCAUUGAAAGGAGGUGUAGGGGCAUUAGGCGACGGGUUAAUGCCGAGCAGUAGCCCCCCGCCGCCGAAUUAUGCUAGUCCCAGCAAACCUAGCACAUCGAAUGUACGUGCUCUCGGUCCGAUCAAAAGGGAAGAAGAGCCGGAGCAGAUUCGGCAUCAUCGGUUGGGAGGUGAUGAUGAAGAGGAGGAAGAGGAAGGUUUCGAUCUAGCGAGAGGCUUUCAACCUAUCGGGUCAUAUCAUCGACAGUUGAAUAACUCUGCACGAGCGAGUGCGACGUCUUGACUUGGGUAGAUAUCAUGUCACUCUAGCCAUCUCGUUGAUUGUUUUGAUCAAUGUAUUCAUUGGGGUUACUCGGGCGUCCGAUCUUUUCAGGAGGUUAUCUUUGGAUUUGGCUGUAAAUGCAUGCUUGGUGUUUUGAUUAUUGCUCUAACGCACUUUGACACGUUGUGGUUUUUGUAUUCUGAUGAUACACGUAUGAUAAUCAGGUACCUAGCUAGAUAGGUCCAUGAAUGUGACAUAUUCACUCGCACCAACAUACUCACAUACAGCUAUUUCAACCUCCACCCCAUUUCAGACCCAUCACUAACAAUCUCCACACUCCUCUUCUCAUCCAAUGAUACCCUCCCCGCAUGCAAAAUCGCAGUGGUGGCAAUCGUAUUCCUCAACGUAGGCAAACCCCUCUUAUCAAGUUCAUCGAGCGUAACGCGCCCUUCGUUGAGAGCUGUGACAGCAUCGAUGAAUUUCUCAAAGCUGAUGUAACCGUAGCCCGUUUGGCCGGCGAAGUUGCCUUCUUCGUCGGGGGCGUAACGCAUGUAGAAU